GCAGGCAGGCAACCUGAUCUCUCCGUAAAUUAAACUAUUCACAGUUUAAAUAUUUGCCAAGCGAAUCGCAUAUCCACACAAGCAAAUAAAUAGAUAGAGAGAAAAAUAUAUACAUUUAAUUGUUGUUUUCCACGCGUCGUCUGUCGCCAUCUCGCUCAGCGUUUCCAUCUCGAGUUACGAAAGCCGCCACCUCGAACGUCGUCGUCUCUGAUAAGGAGCAGCGGCAGCAGCAGCAUUUUUUUUCUUCCUCUUGCAGCUAUCUUUGAGAUGGAGUUGGAAUGCGAUUUGGGUGCCAUACAAAAUGAGGAAUUGCUGAGGAAAAUGUGGCAGCAGUCCGAGGACAGCGAACGCAAGAAGCAGAUCCGAUCGCAUCUCUACAAGCUGCGAGAGUCGCGUCUCUGCAAUCUGUACAGGCACGAAGCGGACCCAAUGGCGGAGCCACAGGGAAAUGGUAAUGGCAAUGGCAAUGGCACGUCCUCGCUGACUGGUUUCGGGGCCAAGGAUCCGCUGGCCACGAGCCACGGGGAUGCGCUGCUCGAUCAGAAUUUCCAGAGCCUCAAGUCCAAGGAGGUGCGCGACUCGAUGAGUCCCACCCAUGAGCUCAAGUUCCAUUCGAUGACACUCACGCAGCCGAGCAGCACCGGCUGGGAUGUGCAGACCUCAUCGGAGGUUAGCCCCGAUGGCCGGGCAUUCCGCACGGAGACUCUGGCCAAGACAGAUGGCAUUGAGAAGCUCAAUGGGGGCGGCCUGGCCGAGUUCAAGGGAAGGAACGAGCAGCGAUCGAGCGCCUCGCAUCAGGGCGAUGACCAGAACUACGUGAAGAAGGCCUCGGAGAGCACCAAUACCCAGCUGCAGGAGAAGGUGGUGUUUGGUGACGAGAACAGCGGACGCACCGAGAUGAAGGUGAGCUCCACCUCCACCUCCUCCUCGUCCACCAAGAAGGUGGUGUCCUCCUCCUCCUCCUCCUCCUCAAAGGUGGAGUUCGCCGAUGAGCCCGCCGCACAGCCAGCGCGCUAUCUCAUGGAUGACCAGGAAAAGGUGUACCAGCAGCAGCUGCAGCGAGAGCAGCGCGAAUGGGAGGAGAAGUGUCGUGUCCAGGAGCAGCGCAUCCUGCAGGAGCAGCAGCAGCAGCAGCAGCGACAACAGCAGGAGGAACGCUACUCGGAGAGUCGCGAACAGAGCAACAGCACAAGGAACGUCCAGACCCAGCAGCACUACGAGGAGAACAAGCGCUACGUGGACAUGGACAAGGCAUCGCCCGAGUACCAGCGCCAUGUCCAGCACUUGAUGUCGCAGCCCGGUGAGAUCAUCUCCAACACGGUAGAGUACCCCAAGCCCAAUGUGAAGAUGAUCACCACGGUGAAGCGACUGCCCGAUGGCACCAUUGUCAAGAACAAGCGCUACGAGACGGAGCAAGUGAAUCAACCACAAGCCCAGUCGCAGACUCAGACCCAGACGCAGACCCAGACGCAGACUCAGAGUCAGCGACGUGCCCAGGAUGUGCAUGAUAGCCAUGUCCGUAAUGAGACCCACAGCCAGAGCCAGCCUCGUGAUGUGGUGGACAAUGCAGAGCCACUGGGACGUCGUCCUGGACAGCCACAGCAACAGCAACAGCGACCGGUGGAGCGGGAGAGGGAGCGGGAGCAGGAGCAGGUGACUCAGUCCCAGAGUUUCUCGUCGGUGAAGAAAUCGAGUCGUCGCUUCUCCACGGAAACCACUUCGGAGACGGUCGAGGAGUUUGAUGACCGCGGCCAACCCAUCACUGGCGUCCCAGCCGCCGGUCGUCCCUCGGUGCCCCAGUCGGUGCGCCAGCAGGUGGCACCGCCACCACAAACCAGUGACUUCUCCACGCACGGCUUUCCCUCGGUGCGGCCCAACAAGCCCACGCAGGAGUUCUCCAGCCAGCGGCCCAGCAACGAGACGGAGCAGGAGGUGGUGGUGGUCAAGUCGGAGAAGAGUCGCAAUGUCAAGCAGAGCAGCAGCUCCCAGCACACCAUCGAAACGGAGUUUGUGGAUCAGCCUCAGUCGCAGCCGCAGAUUGCAGCCACAGCUCAGGCGCCUAUUCCCAGCUGGGAGCAGCCAGCAAGUCCCAGGCGCCAGCCUGUCGAUGACUACAGCACCCAUGGCUUCCCAUCGGUGCGAUCUCGGCCGGAUCAGCCGGAUGGCGAGGUGCUUGUCACGUCCAAGUCGGUGAGCCGCAACCAGAGCGCGAGCCACAAGUCACAGACGGAGCGCAUUAUCGAGACGCAGGUGGAUCAGGACUAUGCCAAGGCGCAUCCCAAAAGUCACACGCACACCCACCCCAUCACGACCCACUCGCACGGGCAGUCCCCGCAGUCUGCCAGUCCACGCCGCACUCCGACGAGCACCCAUGGCUUCCCCUCGGCCCGAUCUCCCACACGUCCCUCGCCAGACUCGGCUGCGCGACGCCCGGCGCCCCAGACACCCGCUGCGGGCGCUCGUCCAGGGACUCGAGGCGGCAACGUUCCGAACAGCUCGGACACGACGACCACAACCACGACCGUGACGCGUCGCCAGCUGCAGAAGGAGCGCGAGGUGGACGCCGCCCAUCGGGCAUUUGCGGCCUCGCUGCGCAGCAGUUCGCCGGCGGAUAGCACCACUUCGGUGGGCUCGCACCACCAUCAGACGCCGCGUUCGAGCAUCUCCUCAAGCCGCACCUACCGCCGGGAGGGACGCGAGGGCUCGCACGACAGUCAGGCGCCCUCGGAGUCGAGUCGCAUCAGCACCACGACGGUGACCAGACAGACAUCAGGCGGUGGCUCAGCCCCAACCACACCCAGGAGUGUGGGUAAGACGCCGGUGGUGAAGCAGCAGCAGGUGACGACCACAAAGACGAUUAGCAACGAACCCAAGUCGCCCACCCAAAAGGCGGCAACGACUACUGUAACGACCACGACAACCAGCACCAUCAAGACUGGGGGUGGUGCAGGUCCCUCCUCCCCGACAGCAGCAACUCCACCACCAGCACCACAAUCUCCAACAACAGCAGCCGCUCCAGCCAGUUCCGCUCCAGUUCCAGAUAACAAGCUAUCACAGUAUACGUAUACUACCACUAAGCCUGGCGACAUAUUCUCUCUGCCAUCAACUCCAACUCCAACUCCAACUCCAACUACUCCUCCUACUAUUAACAACGAACCAACAACAACAACAACCACAACAACAACACCACUAACCAUCAACAACAACAAAGACAAGAACACAGCCACUGGCAGCACUACGGCAACCAGCACCACCACCAGCCACGACCAAGAACCCAUCCGAAAGGUUAAGGUGAGCGCCAAUGAGGCGCAUGAGGCUGUGCCAGUGGCAGUGGCAGUGGCAGAGCCACCCUGUGUGAAGCGUCAAUACUAUCAGCUGGGACCUGAAACCGCUAACGAAACCCUCAACGCGGGGGAAACCGUAGCACCAGUGCCCCGUCCCUUCGAGAGCGUUGCCACCAAGCAGACGGCAACCAAGACGCGUUACCAGCCGAGGAACGAGGAGCAAUCCGAACCCCAACCCGAGUCCACAUCCAAACCCAAGUCAAACCUUGUCAGUUCCAGGGGCAAUUCAAAGUCUCCAAGCGUCGAACGUCGUCCCGUCUUCAGGGAAACGACAUUCGAGGGCAGGCGCGCCUCCAAGCCAGAGGAGGAUGUUCUGCUCAUUGAGGAGCAGAUCCUCAUCGAUGAGACGACGUUUCAGUCACGGCCCCGGGCCCAUCCCAAGCCCAAGCAAGGCAGCCCCGAACCAGGACUGCCCCAAUCCAGGGCUCAGAGCCCAGAGAAGCCGCGGGUUUCGCCACGACAGAGCCCCGAAAAACAGGCACAACCUCUGACGGCAGCUCGUCGUCCAAGCGCCGAGAAGCAGCUGCCGUCCAAGGAGAGCCCCCACAGACAGGUCAGUCCCGAGAAGCAGCUGCCCAGAAAGUCGCAGGUUCCCCUGUCGCCCGUUGGGCGUGCUAAAAGCCCUGAGAAAUCGGAGCCAGCAAGGGCUCAGCGUCCAGAGAAGGAGACACCAAGGGCUCUGAGUCCUGACAAAGAGCCUGGAUUGCCCAGACGAUCAUACCAGCUGCCAAAAGAGAGCAGCAGCCCCCAGCAAGUGGUGCCCAAGGCUCAGACUCCCACUCCCCUAGAGCCAGCCCUGCCCAACACUUCUCAGAGAGCCCAGAGUCCCGAGAAGGAGAGCCCCCGGCAACCUCAGCUGGGUUCCCCACGACAGAGCCCCGAAAAGGAGAGCCCCCCGUCGGACCCACUUCAGCCAUCAGUCCAGCAGAAAAGAGAGGAAGAACUCUUCCGCAGCACCAUCACAACCCAUCAGACACGAACGACGAACGAUAAUCUGAACGAUGAAUUUCUAACGAACGAACGCCAGAGGCAGCGCCAAAACGAAAAGGAUUCCAUACCGCAGCAGCAAGCCGGACCCGAGCCCGAACCAAAAACCAAAACCCAACCGCAACACGAAGAAGCCACAGAAAGUCCCGAUGGUGGUUUAUUCUCCAAAGGAGCCGACUCCGGGCCCGAGCCAGAGCCAGAGCCAGUGCAGGGGGAGGCGCCCACUUAUCGCAAAAAGGGUCUGAGUCGUCGCGAGACUUUCGAGGAUCGUUGCCGCAAGAUCCUGGGCAUGGAGGAGGAUGGCGAUACCCAGGGCAGCUACAUAACGCGGCCCAAUGAUGACAAUGAUGAUGAUCAGACUCAAACAGAGGAGGAGGAUGAGCAGGAGAUUAAGCAAACAACCACCACACAGAGGCAGACGGAGACGGAGACCAUUGAGGUAAAGAUCGAAGAUUGCCUCGAUGACGACGAUGAUGAUUAUAGUGAUCAGCCAUCGCGUCGUGUCACCGAAACCUUUGUGGUGCGCACCCAGCCGAAAAUCAAGGUGGACCAGGCCUCACAGCCCGAGCUCAGUGAGCUCCUUGUGGAUGUUGAGGAGACCUCAAAGGCGGACAAUACCCAUCACAUACCCAACCCCAAAGAGGAUGCCGAGACGAUCAAUGUGUAUGAGGAGACGACGAUAUUCAACACCAAGCGACCCGCAAAAUCUCCUUCGCCUGUCCCACAGACACCACGGAAAUCUACCAGCAAGUCUCCUUCGCACUUGCCUUCGCCGUUGCCUGCUCCUUCGCCUUCGCCUUCGCCCUCUCCUGCUCCUUCACCAGCUUUCGCUCCCCAUUCCAAGCCGGAGCCAGAGACUGUGUCGACGAGCUUCAUCACCGAGAAGAUCAUCGCUUGCCAGACCACAAAGACCAACAGAAAGUCACAGCCGGAGAGCCAGGCGGGUCCCAGCACCAAGAACAUUUCUUCACCCAAGAAAGAGGAACCCCAAGAGGAGCUGCUGCCCAAGAAGCGCCCAAGUGUAACGACGAGCACCAAAACCGAAACCGAAACCGAACGUCGUAAUUCCCGCACCAGCCCCACUAAGCAACCAACUCCGUUGCCAAAGUCUGCCGCCCCAAAGGGUCCACGAAAGGAGUCGCUGACGGGUCGCAAGCCGGAACCAAAUGGACCCAAGCGUGACAGUGUCGUGGAGGAGACCCGCACCAACACGACCACUUCGACCACAACGAAAACGGGUCGAAAGCCCAGUGAUGGUAGUGCCUCUCCGUCCAUCAAGGAUCGCCUGCGAUCUUCGCCGCGUAAGCAGAAGCCUCCAGUCCACAACCAGACACCAAUCAAAGCGGAUAAUGUGGAUGGGGAUACAAGCACCUCCCCAGACGUGAGUCCUUCGCGUGUGGCACCCAACACAGAGCGUCGUCGGUCGAGCAACAUUUCGGUGCACACGGAGAUCAUUAUCGAUCACACGGCUCCAAAGUCGCCGCGAUCCGAGCGCAGACCCCAGCUGUUAGCCGCCUUGAGCCCUGCCGCUGCACGAAAGUUGCCGGUGACUGAGCGCAAGGAGUCGGCACCCGUACCGAGGGUGACACGACGCGAUAAGGCCGACAAGGUCAUGCGAUCCACCAGCGAGAACAUCAUCAAAGUGCAGCAGCCCAGGCCCAGCCAGCCCUCCAAGCCCGAAAUGAGCAGCCUGAGGCCCGUAGAACGGGGAAGCCGACCCAGCAAAUGCUUCACCACCAAGACUAUCAAUCUGAGCGAACAGCUGCUGACCAACAGCGAGGACAUGAUCAUCGACAUACAGCAGGCAAAGAGCUCCCGAGAGCCCUCACCGGAUCGCAUCGUUCCCACGCCAGUGAACGCCACGGCCGUAGAAACGGGUAAGCCGCGCUAUCCGGAUGUGGUGCAGGAGCCGGACGAUGAGCCGCGCAAGAAGCCGCAAGUGACCAACAUACCCAUCUUCGAGGAGGCGGCCAAUGCCUAUGUGGGCUGUCAGAUAUCGGAGCUGCGCAGCUCCAAUGGCCUGGACGACGACAUACUCGACAAUCCCAUGGUGGAGGCGCCCCAGAGCCUGGACUAUCCCACGGGCAGCACCAGUACCAGCGCAGAGCCGUCCCAUCCCGUGCAGCCGGUGCAGCCGCAGGACACUGAUGAGUGUCUGCUCAGCGUGCACGAGAAGGUCUCUCGCUUCACCCACUCCGCCGAGCAGGUGAAACAGCCGCGCAGCUCCGUGCCCUUUAGCCGGGAGUUCGAUGCGAAUGCCAGGAUACCCGACAACGACGAGUGCCUGCUGAGCAUCAACCAGAAGGUGGACAAGUUCCUGCGCACCGCCGAGAACAUAACGAGGCAGCCGCUGACGCCCACACCCAGCCGGGAGUUGGAGCGCCCUAGUUUCGAGGAGAUGGAUGAGGAGCUGUGGCAGGAUGACUGCACACUGAGCGUCUCCCAGAAGGUGCACAAGUUCAUUGACACCGCCGAGAAGCUGGCCCCGACGGCGCCACAGAAGUCGCCACGUCUCGUGGCCAGCAUCGAGCGUCACAUUUCGCGGCAGGAGACGGACUUGGAGCAGGAAUCGGAGCCGGAACUGCAAUCGGAUCGCGAGGAGGAUGAACACCCCAAGCAGCAGACCCAGCAGGAGUCGGAAGAGGAGGAGCCGCUGCCCAUGACAAAGAGCCACACGACAGCCAUUGAGUUGAAGAGGCAAAAGGAUAUCCUCAGCCGUCCAUCGGUGUUCGGGCAGGCAUCACCCAAAAGUCCAUCCACACCGACGAUGACACCCAAGCAGAAUGGCACAAAACCGAAAAGUACUCCAAGCAGCAGCCUGAUCACCGAGGAGCGUCGAUCCUACAGGAAUCAAACCACAACUGGAAGCACCACAAAGCCCAUGAAGUCACCCCAGCAGCAGCCGAGCAGCAGCUCGGUACCCAGGGGUAGCAAUGCCAAUGCCCCAUCGAAACCCACAACGAAAACCACGCCAAACAUGGAACAUGUCAGCCAGCAGCAGUGGGUGGUUAGCGAUGUUGAUGCGGAUGUGGAUGUGGAGAUGGUGGGACCAGCACCACCCACACACCAGAAACCCGCAAACAGCCGCAAGCCUCCAAGGCGUUCGGCCUCGCCCUCACCCAUACGCUCGUCACCGUCGCCGUCGCCGUCGCCGUCCCAGUCUCCUUUAACUUCGCCCUUUCGGUCACCCAGUAGACUCACCACCACUGGCACCACCCGAACCAACUUAAACUUGAACUCGAGCACCGCCAGUGCAGUUCGAACCACCACAGAGCACCACCAGCACAGCCACAGUCAGAGGCAGCAGCACAGCGGCACCACCACUAAGCCAAAAAGUCCAAAAUCCAUUCCAAGCCCAAGCCCAAGCCCUAGCCCGACUAACCAACACCCAAGAAAAGUCACAGACACUGCUGAUCCCGAACCUCCUGUACACGUUAAAUCCCUUCCAGCAAUCCCAAAUGGGCGGACUGUAGCCACUCGCAGGAAUGUGUUCGAGAAGACACCACCACCGACACCACCACAGGAAGCAGCAGCGCCAACAGAGCCGCAGGCUGUGGGCGGCGGUCGUCGUCCCUCGUACAUGGAUCACACCAAGAGCUCUCUGGAGCACAUACGCCGCGACUCGCUUGAGAUCAAUAAGAACAACUAUUCGCGCAAGUCAUCGGUGGAGGAUGACUCCGGGGUGGAGCCACGGAAUCCGAACACAUCGGUCAAGUUUGAUGUGCCCAAGAAGGAGGAGAAGAUCAAACCGAAGAUCAGCGAUCAGGAGAUUGAGGAGAUCUUUGAUCUGCAGUUGCUCGAACAGCUACUGGAGACGGUGAGCAGCUACGAGAUGCGUCGCCGGAUACGCGCCCAAAUGCGGCUCAUCCGAAAGAACAUGAUCAAUGCGGGGACUAGCAGCAGCAGCACCACCACCACCACCACCACAACGGUAGUGAAGACCUCGCCCAGUGCUGCACCACAGCCGAGGAAGCAUCAGCCACAGCAGCAGGAUGCAGUGUCUCCACGCGAUCGUAGCCACAGUCCGGUGUCCAAGACCAGCAGCAGCAGCCUCAAGGAAGUGCGAACCACCAGCAGCACUACCAGGAGACAGCGCUCAGAGCAGGUGGAUAGCACCACUGGCCCAGGUGGAUCCACGCCGCAGGGCAAGCCGCCGGUGAAGCCACGAGAGAGGAGCGCCAGUCCGGCCCAUCGGCGUCGCAGCAGUCCGCCCGGCAAGCAGUCGCCAGGGAGCACCACUCGGACUCCAAACAGUGGCACUGGGCCACGUGCUGGGGCACCCAGCAAGCCAUCACACCAGGGGCCCAUCUGGGCAGAUCGCACCAAGGUGCUCAAGGGUCACGGUCCCGUCUCCAAUGGUGGAUCCAGUCCGCGGAAGGGAUCUGACACGAGCACCACCAGUACCAGCACUAGCAGCACCACCGGGAAGGUGACACGAACCCUGCAGAGCACCAGCACCAGCUCCAGCUCCACUGCCAGCUCCAGCACUAGGCAGGCAGGCAAGCAGCGCGAGGAGGACUCCAUCACAUCCAGCUACGGAGUGGGACCCACUGACGAGAAUGGACUGCCCCUCUUUGGGAUAAGAGCCCUCAAAAAGAAAAGUCAGCCGGCACCGUGUGAGACCAAGCAAGAAGUCACAGGCUAUGUGAUCGAGGAGCAGUUCUACUCGGACAACAAGUCCCCGCCCCGACACGAGCGCCAGGAGCUUAUCUACUCGAGCAAUGCCGAUGAAUUGGCUUCCAUACAGACGCAGAUGCUGCUGGACGAUGACUACCAGCCGGAGUUGAAUACCAAGCUGGUCCGAGAGUUCAAGAAAGUCGAGUCCGAGGCACAGCCGCAGUCAGAGAUGGAUGCCAGAUAUGUGCGUCGGGGUUCGGUGAAGGAGCUAAGCGAGAAGUUCAUACGUAAGGAGUCCUCCUCGUCGACUCACUCCAGCACCUCGCAGUCGCUGGUGAGCAGCCGCACAGAGCAUGCAGCGGAUGCCGAGGAGGAGGAGACGACCGAGGACAGUGAAUCGAAUGAGGUGUGCAGCGUCAUCGAGGCACCACAGAUGCGCCAGGGGUCAAGCAGCACAACCACAACCCGAUCCAGCAAUACGCGUUCCUUCCUCAACAGUAGCGCCGAUCAACGACAGGUGACCAGCGUGGAUGAUGUCCUCGAGCGCAUGCGAAAUGCCGAUCAUGUGGAGGAGCCUGGCGACACAAACGAGGAUCGUGAGGCACGCGCUCUGCUCAACAAAUUCCUUGGGGCAAGUGUGAUAAUGCAGGGCGUUGAGAGCAUGCUACCACCCACGACCACGGGUCAGCGCCUGAAUAGCCAAGGGGUAAAAAGUACACGCCUUACCAAUACCUACAGCAAAUCGGGAACUGGCACGGGCACGGGCACCGGCACUAGCAGCAGCAUCAGCAAGGUCACCAGCAGCAGCAGCUCCUCAGCACCAGUUACACGGACAACUUGUGACAUCGAGGAGGUACAGGACGAGCAGAUCCUAAAGCAAUUGCUGGAACAGGCCUCCACCUACGAGGAGCGUCGCAAGAUCCGUGCACGUCUACGCGAACUUAUGGCGGAACGCGAAGAGCAAAAGAACACAGCCGCAGCCUCUAGGCAGGAGGAGGAGGCGGAGGAGGAGAGCAGUGCCAGCGAGUAUGAGGAGAUCAUCGAGGAGGUGACGGACUACAGCGACGACGAAGACGACAACGACAAGGAGACUACCAAAAAGGAGCCACCCAAGGAGGAGGAGAAGAAGGUAGCCUCCUUAGCCUCUGUGGCAUCUGUGGCCACCAAGGAGACCAAAGUCAGCGAAAGCGUCACCAAAAAGUUGGCCAAAGUCGAGCUCUCCGAGCAGGCCACAGCAUCCACGACCACAUCCUCGACAUCGACAACAGACGGUGUCCAGAAGGUGCAGCAGGGUGAGUCCCUGCCAGCAGCCAAAUCAGGAGCAAAAGCAAAAGCAAAAGCAGGAGCAGGAUCAGCAGGAUCAGCCAGCAGCAGCAGUAGCAUUAGCAGUAGGAAACAGAAUAGUAGUCAGGUUAGCACAGUGGUUAGGGCCAGGGACAAAGCCAAGCCAGAGACAAUGCCAAAAGCUGGAGCUGGUGCUGAAGUAGCUGGAGCGGGAUCAGAGACGGGUUCGGGUGUGAGUAGAUUGAGUGUACCCUCCAAGGAGGACUCGGGUACGGAAAGUGGCGAGGAUCUGCGCCUGCUGGCCGCAGGACUGAGGGACACCCUACAGCAGCGGAGCGGCAGCGAUGCCAGCGAGGCACAUCGCAGUCUCCUCGAGGAGGUCACGGACGCCCUCAGUCGCCUGGAGAGCUCCCUGAAGCAGGGAAAGGAGCUGGCCGUCGAUGGGGGUCAGCGUCAGGCACUCCUCGGACUCGUUGCCCGCCUUCAGAGUGGACUCAAUGCCCCGGAGAAGCUGGCGGCGGAUAACAACAGCAGCGGCAUCUCCGAAGAGGCCUCACCCACCCAGGAGGACAUGGAACUGGAACUGGGAGGCACGGAGGAUCCCCGCUCCGACUGCCGGCAGUCGCGUUUCGCCAAGCGACGGCAGCGUAACAGCCGCCACACUGUGGGUGUCAGCCGAGAGGAGCUGGCGGAUGCCAGGCGCUACAUGGAGGACAUGCUGCUGAUGGAGAGCAACAAGAGCUUUGCUCUGCAGAAGAAUGUAAGCUCGGGCGCCAUUAUACCACCUGUACAGCUUUACAGACCCAAUCAGUUUGUGGGACAGCAGCCACAGCAGUCGCAGCAGCAGCCAGUGGAGCAGCAACAGCAGAUUCCAGCCCCCCAAUCUCAGGGAUUGGCCCAGUUGAGGCCAAACAACAACAGCUGCAACAACAGACGCCCCCUGUCCGGGGACUAUGCGGUGAGCUUUGCCAGCUAUGAGUCUGCCCAAAAGGGCGGACAGCAAGAGGGAUCUUACUCAAACUCUGGCACAUCCUCCACCCGCUUCAAUGGUGCCAAAAAGCAUAUGAUGAAGCGGGCCAACACCAUCGACAUACCCAAGGCGAAGGCCAAGUACAUGGCCGACUGUGACACGGACUCGGACAUGGAGGAUGAGCACGACCAUGGUCCUCAUUUGGGCCUUAAGCGUGCCGUUCAGGUGAGCGUUAAGCGGCGCGUGCAGAAUGCCGUGCCACCAUUCGAGCCCAAGACGGAGAACGACCACAAGUUCCUGGCCUUUAUCAACAAACAGAGCCAUCAGACGGGCUUGGGCUGGGGUGGUGGCGGCGGCGGAGGACGCAGCGUGUCAAACUGGACGCACAAGUUCGGGAACAUUAAGCACACCUUUGAGACGGGUGCGGCGGCCACCGUGACUAAGGGUAAGCCGCCGCCAGUGCCCUGCCAUGUGCCGGGAUGGGCCAAGCAGGAGCAUCAGCAUCAUCAGCAGCUGCAGCGAGAGCAGAUGCAGCGAGAGCAGAUACAGCGAGAGCAAUAUCAGCGCGAGCAGCGCCAUCGAGAACACCGCCAGCGAGAACAAAUGCAGCGUGAGCAGACUGAUCGAGUCCAACGAGAACAGCUACAGCGAGAGCAAGUGCAGCGAGAGCAAGUGCAACGUGAUCAACUGCAGCGAGAACACCUGCAACGCGAGCAAAUGCAACGUGACAUAAAGCAGCGAGAGCAGCUACAGCGAGAACAUCUGCAGCGAGAACAGCAACAGCAACAGCAGCAAGCGGCUGCCACGGCUGCCGCCCAAGCCCAUUCCCAAGCCCUAGCCGAGCGCCAGCGCCGGCAGGAAAUCGAACGCCAGCUGCUACUCGAGCAGGAGGCCAGGUACGAGCGUGAACAGCGCGUCCGCCUGGAGCGGGAGUGCUACGAGCACCAGCUGCAGCGCCAGCAGUCGGAGCGUCAGCAACAAUUAGACCGCCAGCGACUGCAGCAGGAGCAGCUGGAGCGGCAGCGUCGCCAGGAGAUGGAGGUGCGACUGCAGCACCAAAGGGAACAACAGCAACAGCUGCAACAAAAACAACAGCAGCCACUGAACCACUUCAUACACGCUCCCCAGUCCGUGUUCCGUCCCAUUGAUCAGGAUGCGCCCACGGGCCCGAGCAUCUACAAGCCCAUAGCCAAGAAGUCAGAGCCACAGCCGGGCGCUGUCUGGCAGCCCACGGGGCAGGGCAAGCCUCCCGUGCAACAGCAGCAUCUGCACGCACGGCCACCGUACAGCAACACGCCAUCGCCAGCCUCCACGGCCACCUCACCCAUCGGCCUGCCGUGGGUGGCCAAGCCGAAGGUGGACAAUAGCGACUUCCGCCGCAAGGCGCAUCACUUCGAGGAGCGUUCGCUGCGGGACAACCUGGAGCAGCAGCCGCCGUAUUCUGUGUCCAGCUCCAACGGCGGACAUGGAUACCUGCAGAGACAUAAUUCACUGCGCUCCAAGGGUCCGCCAGCGUCGCUCAGCGAAUUCAAGAAGCGGCCCUCGCUGCCCAAUGCCAUGGAGCCCGGCAUCGUGCCGGGUGUGGGAGUGGGAGUGGGAGUGGGAGCGGGAGCGGGAGGAUCUCGCCAGCAGUUGUACCAGCCACCGCCUCCGCCGCCCACUAACAUAUCCUUCACGUACUCCGACUUUUCGCCGGUGCGCAAUCGCAAUCCGCACAAUCGACAGAACUACCGCAGCCAACCGUGCCUGCCCAGUGCCGUGGAUCAGGCAGAGGCACUGACCAAUCCAUUGGCAGCACCUCUGGUGCUGACCAGCUCCAAUCCCACCUACCUGCCAGGGGCUGGGGCAGGGGCAGGGGCACGGGAACCGACGGGCGGAUCGAGUCGCAGAUUUGACUACGUGACGAGUCCUGUGGAUGUGGACAACAGUCCGGCCAACAGUCCCACCAGCUUCCACACCGUACCCAAUGACCGGGCCCUGACAACGGACAACACAGACGACGAUCUCGACCUGGACUCGGACACCAAUAUGCUGGAGUACCGGGCCGAGACGAAGGUGAUGCGGAAGCCGCGCAGCCAGACAGCCGUGACUGUGGCCGGUCGUAGAACGGCUCACCUCAGCGAUGAUGAGGUCUUCGGUCGCAACUCGCGGGCGGCCAAGUCGCUGCUGUACACCAUGAAGCAGCUGAGUGGGACCAAUGGAGGUGGCCCAGCAGUAGUCCCAGCGCCAGUUUCACUCCCUAGAAGCAGCCAGCAGCAGGCCAGGGGACAGCAACAAUCCCAUACGGCGCCAAGUUCCCCGAAGCCAGGUGUGUGCCUAUCGCCGGAUGGGCGUCAGUACCAGGCGCCCAUGGUGGAGCCGCUCUUCCCGCAGCUGAGCGGCUUCGAGCCGCAGCGGAAGCCCCAAUACGCGCCAGUCACGCCCACCAGUGUGGCUCCUCCCCCGGUGGUCAAUUACCAGGCGAAUCCCACAUACACACCGCCGCAGACACGCAACGAUGUGGGUGGAGGCUACCUGGGGGAAACGCACACAUCCUACGUGGUCACCUAUCCGCUGGACGAGUCCGGGGACGAGCACGAGCCGGAAUCAACCAUGUCCAUGUCGCUGAGCCAGCGGCUCCGUCGCACCUCGGAGCACUCGAAUGCCAGCUCCUCGCUGUCAUUGGGCAGCACCAGCUGGACACCAAAUCCAAUGCACAGCACGGUUCCAGGGCCAGUGCCAGUGCCAGUGCCAGUGCCAGUGCCGGUGCCAGUACCAGCCACAGUCGUGUCCGUGCCCACAUCCGCACCACCGCCAGUGGAUCGUAGCACGAAGCCGCAGCUAUUUCCAGUCCAAAAGCCGACUAACAGCAGACCCCGCUUGAGCACCCGCAGCCAUACCAUCCAGGGUGAGGACGUGGCCGGAUACGAUGGCCACCAUCAGCAGCAGCCACAGCCACAUCCGCAGCCCCUAAAGAACCGUGUGAUGUCCCAGCAGUCGCUUAGCUCCUCAAUAUCCAGCAGGACACAACAGCAGCAGAAGGAGCUGCAGCAGCAGAAGGAGCUGCAACAUCUGAGCGAACUGCGUCGAAAGAGUCUGGGUAAUGUGCUGGAGCAGCGGGAGACUGCCCAGCGGAUGGCCUACUACGAGCAGCACGAGGAGUACAAGUCCUCGGCACCGGCGGAUACGCCGGACAUAGUCAAGUCAUCGCUGCCGAAGGAGAAUGCACCUUUGCUGAAGAAAUUUGGACCGCCGCAGAGGCACCAUUACGUGCCCAAUGCAUACCAGAGUCCGCAGCUGAACAAGAUGAGUGGCGCUGGCAGCACAACAACAACGACAACCUCUGUGAUCAGCUCCAGCACAGUGGUGCAUCAGCAGCAACAGCAUCAGCAACAGCAUCAGCAGAAGCCCAGCAUUGUGGAGACGCCGGCAACACCACAGCCAAUGUCCCAGGUGCCGCCCGAGGACGAGAUACCCCACAACAUAGUGUUCAACAAUGUGAGUGCAUUCAGCUCCAUGAACCGUCGCAGCCAGGACGAGGAUUUCCAGCAGCAGCAGCAGGGCUCAGCCGGAUCCCGCAUCAAUCGCCUGAGCAAGUGCGACUCCUGGAACCAGAUCUGCCAGCAGCAACAGCAGGGAGGUCUGGGACUGGGCCAGGCCAAGUACAGCCAGCCAGGCGCCACAUCACCCGGAGAGCUGCGACGCUGCAAGUCCGGCCACUCCCUGGCCGUGCCGAAGCUAUACGAGGCGGGCAUCGAUAAGGCACAAAUCAGCGAAAAGCAGCGCACGGUGGCUGCCUACUUCUCCGGCCAAAAAUCGCCAACGGGCGGGCAGGUGGAGGAGCUGCGCACCACAAUGACAACCACCUCGACGAGCAGCUCGUCGGCAGCCGCCAGUCGGAGGUCCGCCAUCAAUCGUACUAAGACCAGCGAGAAGCUGUCGGCGGCGGCCCGCAAAUCGCUCAGCUCCCUGACCAGCACCUCCAAUGGUAACGUGUCCACCGCCGGACUGGGCCUGGGCCUGGGCCUGUGUCGCGGAAAUGCUGGUGGUGUGGCUGCUUAUGGCGUCGGCGUCGGCGGUGGUGGUGGGCUCAGUCGCAGUGCCACCAUGCCGCACAUAGCGAGUCUCAAUCUGCUGGACGAGAGCAAUGUGGAGGAUGCCUUUGAGCAGCUAAUGAUGGGGGCCUAGGAGUGCGGGCACGCACCCACUCAAACAAACCACUCAACCACUCUCCAUUCAAUCAGCCCCAAACAAACAACAAACCCAACCACCCAUUCGGACAGACAGACAGAAACGUACAAAACACAAACACACACACGGAGCGAUCCCUACCCCCCAAGCCCCCAGCCCCCAGCCCCAAGCCACAAACAUGCGCGACAGGCAUUCCGCAAGGAUUAAAAACAAGCAUCGAAAAUGAUAUCGACAUCGAAACAGAAUUAUAAAUGUAAAGGCAACUGUACUGAUUAAUGAUUACUGGAGAGAGCAAGCUCAAGCUCUCUCUCUCUCUUUGCCCCUCUCUGAGCUUUGAGCAUAGGAUUAGACUGUAUUGUUCUUGUUUAGUUCAGAAAUAGAACCAGAACUCCCCACUCCCCACACACAUACACACACACACACAUUUCGCGCUCCCUCUCUCUCUCUCUGUCUGUCUCUCUUGCUAUUUCGUUGUUGCCACCAGUCUCUCUCGCUCGCCCUCUCCGUUAGGGGUAGAGUUAGGGUUCUGAUACAGGAGAAAGAGAAAGAAAAAUAUGCGCAGCAGGGAGAGGGUCAGGUUGGGUCGGAUCGGGUCGGGUCUCACACCUCACUUGAAAUGAAAUGAUCUGCUGCACUGCCCCACCAUGCACCUCACCCAACACCAACAACACCACCCAACAGUCGUAGGACAACGAGGCCGCAACAACAACAAGCCACAGCAACACCAACUACAGAGAUUCCAGCGCAGCAGCACAGGCAGCAGAGCUCCACCACCAGCGAACAACGCAGCGAGACCAAGUCGAAGGAUGGCGUCACCACAACAACCACAAAAG